CCCCUGUGAAAGGAGAAGUCGGGAGAGGAUCUUUCAGGACAUUGCGGUUCCCGAGGCUCCUCCUCUGCGGAUGGUCACUGCCCCUCCGCCAGGCUUCCUGCUCGAGGAGUUUCCUUCUCAGCCAGGCCAGCCCAGAAGCCAGAUAGCCCCGGGACAGGCCCAGCCCCAGAGCCCAGAGAUGCUGCUGCUGCCCCUGCUGCUGCCCGUGCUGGGGGCGGGGUCCCUGAACAAGGAUCCCAGUUACAGUCUUCAAGUCUUCAAGUGCAGAGGCUGUGACGGUGCAGGAGGGCCCCAGCUCACUGGGGAUCCCGGCAAGGGGAGCUGCUCCUUGGUGAUCAGAGACGCGCAGAGGGAGGAUGAGGCACGGUACUUCUUUCGGGUGGAGAGAGGAAGUCGCGUGAGACAUAAUUUCUUGAACGAUGGGUUCGUUCUAAAAGUAACAGCCCUGACUCAGAAGCCUGAUGUCUACAUCCCCGAGACUCUGGAGCCUGGGCAGCCGGUGACGGUCAUCUGUGUGUUUAACUGGGCCUUUGAGGAAUGUCUAGCCCCUUCUUUCUCCUGGAUGGGGGCUGCCCUCUUCCCCAGAAGAACCAGACCAAGCACCACCCACUUCUCAGUGCUCAGCUUCACACCCAGGCCCCAGGACCACGACACCAACCUCACCUGCCAUGUGGACUUCUCCAGAAAGGGUGUGAGUGCACAGAGGACUGUCCGACUCCGCGUGGCCUACGCCCCCAGAGACCUUGUUAUCAGCAUUUCGCGGGACAACAUGUCAGCCCUGGAACUCCAGGGAAACAUCAUACAUCUGGAAGCCCAGAAAGGCCAGUUCCUGCAGCUCCUCUGUGCUGCUGACAGCCAGCCCCCCGCCACGCUGAGCUGGGUCCUGCAGGACAGAGUCCUCUCCUCAUCCCACCCCUGGGGCCCCAGACCCCUGGGGCUGGAGCUGCCCGGGGUGAAGGCCGGGGAUUCAGGGCGCUACACCUGCCGAGCGGAGAACAGGCUUGGCUCCCAGCAGCGAGCGCUGGAUCUCUCUGUGCAGUAUCCUCUAGAGAACCUGAGAGUGAUGGUUUCCCAAGCAAACAGGACAGUCCUGGAAAACCUUGGGAACGGCACAUCCCUCCCGGUCCUGGAGGGCCAAAGCCUGCGCCUGGUCUGUGUCACCCACAGCAUCCCCCCAGCCAGGCUGAGCUGGACCCAGGAGGGACAGAUUCUGAGCCCCUCCCAGCCCUCAGACCCCAGCCUGGAAUUACCUGGGGUUCAAGUGGAGCAAGAAGGAGAGUUCACCUGCCAUGCUCAGCACCCGCUGGGCUCCCAGCACGUCUCUUUCAGCCUCUCCGUGCACUGCAAAUCAGGGCCCGUGACGGGGCUGGUUCUGGUGGCUAUCGGGGAGAUGGCUAUGAAGAUCCUGCUUCUCUGCCUCUGCCUCAUCCUCCUCAGAGUGAGGUCCUGCAGGAGAAAGGCAGCAAGGGCAGCAUUGGGCAUGCAGGCUGCAGACACUGUCACUGACUAAUCUCCAGGUGAGUGUCGUGGGCCUCUUCCCUUCCAAUAUCCUGCUGGACACCUCCCUCUCGAUGGCCCCAAGGAUUGCUCCACUCAACGUGGCCAUAACUGACUUGUCACCUCCCUUUCCAAGCCCACUUCUCCUGUUGAGAGCCCCAUCCCUCUGAUGACGUGGUAGCCCCAUCUCUAAUGUCAGAACCCGGGUGUGGGUGUCCACCUUGACCUCCCUCCCUCCUCUAGAUCCCAUAAAUCACUAGCUCUUGUCCUUCCUCCUAAGUACAGGUCACCUUGGAGCCCUUUUCUCCAUCCUGGCCCCAGUCAUGCCUGGGCCUCACCUCUUCCCUGGUCACUGAACCCUCCUCAUCUCUUGCCUCCAUCUCUCCCAAAACAGACUCCAGACUGCUUCCAGAUUCCUCCUCAUCCAGUUCCUCCACCGUCUGAGCGGCCGUGUUUCCUCUGCAGGCCUUGCAUGGCUGGUCUCGAACUCCUGACCUCGCGAUCCACCCACCUCGGCCUCCCAAAGUGCUGGGAUUACAGGUGUGAGCCACCGCACCCAGCCAGUGUCAUAAGAUUCUAAUGCAGCAGAAAGAUUCCUAUCUCCUAGAGAAGUGGUAACAUCAUUACACUGUAGUCCAGUGCAACACAUACCUGUUGAUGUUGAUGGUGAUGCUGAUGUCAGCAAACCUACUGCAUCGGCAGUCCCAUAAAACUUGUCGUCCUUCCACUCAGUGAAGGAAAAGUUAACUGUGAAGCAGCCUCAGGCAGAUGCUUCAGGAGGGAUUCAAGAAGAAGACAUCUGGCCGGGCGCCUUGGCUCACGCCUGUAAUCCCAGCCCUCUGGGAAGCAGAGCCCAGUGGACCACCUGAGGGUCACCAGUAUGAAUGCUCGGCAGGCAGCUCCCAAGACCACCUGCCCCCAGGUGCUGCCACCCCCAUUCCAGGGCAGGGGGAAGAGCGGGAGCCCCACUAUGCCUCCCUCAGCUUCCAGGGCCUGAGGCUCCGGGAGCCUGAGGACCAGGAGGCCCCCAGCAGCACUGAGUACUCAGAGAUCAAGAUCCAUAAGAGACAGCCCCCGAAGGGCUCGGGCGUUGGUUGGAGAGGGAGACAUCAGGGAUGGUUCUGAGGUGAAGAGUUCUCCAUGGAAACAGGACACCAGCAAGUGUGUGGGAGUCGUGCUGGUGUGACAGCCAGAACUGGAUUCAGAUUUCAGCCCCAUCCUGAGACUAAUAGUUUGAGCAAGUUACUUUACUCCUCAAUUUCCUCCUCUGUGCGGUGGACACAGUCAGCCUAACUCACAGGGUUCUUGUGAGGCAUAAGGAAGUAAUUAACAUAAAGCAUCCAUCAGAGGCGAGUCUCAUCUGAGUCACGCCUCUUCCCAGGGCAGCCCAUGACGUGGGCUGACCACGCUGGUCCAAACCAAGACCCUCCUGCAGGGCAGGUCCAGCCUCAGAGCUCCCUGAAGCCUCGACUGGGGCUGUCCUUGAGCCGCAUCGCAGCUUGAUUGAUUCUCUCUCUGUUGCUCCCGCUGCCCCCACUCCCACUAUGGGUCCCGGGGCAGCCUACACAUCCCUGCAGGCUGCUCUCCGCCUCAGAGCCCGCUUCCUGGGACCGCAACCUCUGUAUUUGACCAGACACAGAUAA